CUCUGCGCCAUGUAAUUGUUACUUCCGUGUUAUAUUUUCACAUUCACGGGAGUAAAAGACUGAACGGAAUGAUAACGGAAGUAAACAUUCUCUGUUUCUCUACUUCAUGACGGUGACAAGUGUGACCAGAAUGGAGGUCAGGAGUGAGGUGACAGAAGUUAUAUUGAAUAUCACCCUGGAGAUCAUCCACCUGCUAACUGGAGAGGAUUACAUUAUAGUGAAGAACAAAUUUGGAGAGUGUGUGAUCUCUAGCAGCUAUCCAAAUAUAUCAGGAGAAUGGAGCAAUACCCAGAGUCUACCCAUCAUGGAGGAGCCUCCAUCUCAAUCAGUGACCCAUGAGAGCAAUGAGAAAAAACAUUCUGAGAAGAUCCUUGAACUCACGAACAAAAUAAUUGAGCUGCUGGCUGGAGAGGUUCGUAUAAGGUGUAAGGAUAUCUCUGUGCAUUUCUCUAUGGAGGAGUGGGAAUACAUAGAAGGACACAAGGACAUGUACAAGGACGUCAUCAUGGAUGACCACCAGCCCCUCACAUCACCAGGUCACCUUCAUGACAAUGCAUCCUCACAUGGGCAAGAUUCUUAUUUCCCCAGGCAAUUAAAUCAUUCCAGUUGGAGCCAUUUAAGUAACGAUUCCAAGAAGGCCAAAAAUGAUUUAUUUGAAGUUUCAUGUGAUGGGGGAAGCUUAACAUACAUUAGCAAUUAUGUACCCAAAGAUCAAGCACAAUAUUCAUCUACUCAAGUUAUUGAGAAACCAGUCUCAUGUAAUGGAGGAACCCUCAUAGAUACCAACAUUUAUACAACCACUGAUGAUACCAAACAACAUCCAUCUACACAUAUUAUGGAGGAACUAGUCUCUUGUGAUGAAGAAAACCUUACAGAUCCUGAUAUUUAUACACUAACAAAUCCCACACAAUAUGACCCAUCUCCUUAUAUUCAAGAGAAACCAGCCUCAUCUGAUGGAGGAACUCAUACAGACAUCAACAUUAAUAUGGCUACAAAUGAUAAUGAACAAUAUCCAUUUACACAUAUCAUGGAUGAACCAGUUUCAUGUGAUGAAGAAAACCUUGCAGACCCUGGUACAUCCAAAGAUCCUACACAACAUUAUCCAUCUUCUUAUAUUAAGGAGAAACCAGCAUCAUAUGAUGGACAAGUCCUCACAGACCCCAACAUUUAUUUAUACACAGAUGAUAAUGAGCAUUAUUCAACUAUACAUAUUACGGAAAGAGCAUUCUCAUGUAAUAAAGAAAAGCUUACAGACCUUAAUUUUUUUACAACCACAGAUCCUAUACAACGCAAUCCGUCUCCUUAUAUUAAGGAGGAACUAGUCUCAUGUGAUGAAGGUCUCACAGAACCCAACACUCAUCCACCCACAGAGCAUGCACAACAAUAUCCAACAACAACUAUUAAGGAGGAACCAGUCUCGUGUGAUGAAGAUUUCACAGAACCCAACAUUUGUACACCCACAGACCAUUUACAAUAUCCAUCUCUUCAUAUUAAAGAUGAACCAGUCUCAUGUGAUGAAGAUCUCACAGAACCCAACAAUUAUACACCCACAGCUCAUGCACAACAAUAUCCAACUAUACAUAUCAAGGAAGAACGAGUCUCAUGUGAUGAAGAACUCACAGAACCCAACUGUUAUCCACCCAUGGACAAUUUACAAUAUCUGUCCCCUCAUAUUAAGGCGGAACCAGUCUCAAGUGAUGGCCCCAACAAAUAUAUACUAACAAAUCAUUGUCAGGAACACCAGUAUGCUUAUAGUCAAAUGGAACAUGACUCAGAAAAUGGAAUAAACAUUACCAGUCCUAAUAUUUAUACACAGAGAUAUCGUGUGCAACAUCCAGCUACUUAUGUUAAAAAGGAACCAGUCUUGUGUGAUGGUGGAGGUACACACACAGAUCACACACAACCAAAUCCAACUACACAUAUUAAGGAGAAAACAGUACCAUAUGAUGUACGAGACUUCAUAAACGUAUACAGUUACUAUACACAAUAUCAACCUAAACAUGUUAAACAACCACAACCGGUUUCAUGUCGAGGCAAAACCAAAUUUGCCCAACAAAAUGAAGUACCAGUCACUUGUCGAUUUGGAUUCUUUAAAGAGACUGAUCUUUGUAACGCUAAAGACCAUACACAAAGCUUUCCAUCUACUUGUGUUAAGGAUAACAUAUCUGUACAACAAUCACCAGCUUUAGGUAAUACAGAUGUAAAAACAGAAAACCCCCCAUCACCUGUGAAGGUUAUAGUACUGGCUCACUUAGUUGAUGUAGAUCAUGCUAAAUCAGGUAGCACAAGCAACAAAUAUGAGAACUUCCAGAGCCAGGAAUGUGUUGCGAGCACUUCUUAUCGUUUUAAACAUGAUAUGGAGACAAGGUUGUCUUUCAGAAAUCGUUCUAGUUUAGUGGGAAAACCUGAAGCAAGUCAGACAUUUGGUGACAUUUCCAAUCUUACAAAAUACUCAAGGACUCAUUCUAAGAAGAAAACUCCCCAAUGUUCAGAAUGUGGACAGUAUUUUCUAAGAAAGAUCCAACUUGAUGCCCACUUAAAAAUGCACGUAAAACAGAAGUCCUUUCAGUGUUCAGAUUGUGGCAAAAAAAAUUUGGACGACGUUCAACUAUUGGAUUGGGCAAAACAUAACGGGGAAACAAAUUAUCUAUGUUCUGUUUGUAGGACACGUUCCGACAAUAAAGCAGAUUUUAAUCAUGAAAAAGAUCACAAAGGAGAGAAACCAUUCCAGUGUCCUGAAUGCGGCAAAUGUUUCAGUAUCUACUAUGAACUCUUUAUUCAUAAAAAGACUCACACAGAACAAAGUAACCACAAUGGAGAAAAACCAUUCCAGUGUCAUGAAUGUGGCAAAAGUUUCAGUAUAUAUUAUGAACUCUAUAUUCAUAAAAAGACUCACAUGGAAGACUUCUCUGAAGAACUGUGAAACCAUAUGAAUGCACAAGUCAGCCAAAGCAUUACGUUCUAUGCAGGGUUUAAAGGAGUUAACCCACUUUGUAGAUGUUUGCCUUCCCCUGAAUACAAUGCACUUGCUCCCUUCCUGAAUGGUGGUCCCAAUUCCAAAAAACACAUUUGUAUUAUAAGAGGCUCUGCUCUUUUUCCCUGCCGGUUGCACCCCCUCCACUUCAACAGGGACAGGAAGUGUAGAUGUAAUUGUGCCUGUCCCUGAAAUCUCGUAACUACAUGUUUGGCGCAUAAGCAGUGCAGGGCUGGAGAUUGCUGGGCAGAUAGAAUCCGUAUUUUUCUCAGAAAUAGGACCACUGAUCAGGAUUUGAGAAAGGCCAUUGUAUUCAGGGGUAAAUCGCACAUCUUCAUAGUGGGUUGGCUUUAUUUACCUGUAUAUUCGGACUGAUUCCCUUUAAACAAUUUGAAUGUUCAGAGAGUGAGAAAAGUUUCAGAAACCACUAUCUUAAAGGGGUUGUCUCACUUCAGCAAAUUACAUGUAUUAUGUAGACAAAGUUAAUACAAGGCACUUACUAAUGCAUUGUUA